AGCGAUACCAGACGUCUGCAUUUGUAUUUGACACAAACGUAACCUCUAUGGAGCUUGCGUAAAACGUCCCACCACUUAAUGAGACAUGGCGAUACAAAUUUCAAACCUACUUUCACGUAUCAGAACCCCGCUACUGCUGGCCGGCGGGCCCGUGUUUCGUGUGGCCGCCGCUGUCAGUUUCAAGCAUAUUAUUUUAACUCCUGGAGGUGUCCAGGUGGGAAGCAGGCCAGCGACUCGUCCCGUCCCCGUCCGCGGCCAUAUUAACACCGCGAACUUUACAACCACCACAGCAACCCACUGGAGGUCCACCACGGGGGAUUAUUAUUCCGUGCCGCCUCGGAAGCAAGGCAGCUCGGGCACUGUCAUUGGCACCGGCGCGCCGACAGGGUCUCUCCACACAGGGGCGAUGGCAGCCAUGAAAGUUGACCUGAACGCCACUGAGGGCGACUGGAAAGAGAUCAAGGAGUUCCUGCUGUCUCAGCCUCUGGAGGUCAGGCGCAAACACUACAGGACUGACUCUGUACGGCUAGGCGACAUCCCAGCUUGGACUCACGCUGGAGUGUCGGGUUGUCCUGAAGUGAGUCAUUACCCAAAAAAUCAAAAGCUUGAUGGGAAAAUUUCAGUCUACAGUGGCAACAUCACAGUACUGGAGGUAGAUGCCAUUGUCAAUGCAGCCAACCAGACUCUGCUUGGAGGAGGUGGAGUGGACGGAGCUAUCCACCGUGCUGCAGGUCCCCUCUUAAAGAAAGAGUGCACCUCCCUCCACGGCUGCCAGACUGGACAAGCAAAGGUCACCUGCGGCUACGGCCUCCCCGCCAAGUAUGUGAUCCACACAGUGGGGCCGAUAGCUCCAGGCAGCGUCGGGGAGGCGGAGAAGAGCGCUCUGAGGUCAUGCUACAACAACAGCCUGCGGAAGGCGACGGAGAACAACGCACGCUCAGUGGCCUUCCCGUGCAUCUCCACUGGAAUCUACGGGUAUCCGCCUGAGCAGGCUGUGCAUGAGGCCUUGGCGACAGUGAGGGAGUAUCUCGAGGAGCACCACAACAAGCUGGACAGAGUCAUCUUCUGUGUGUUUUUGCCAAAAGACCAGGAGUUGUAUCUGCACAACCUCCCUCUCUACUUUCCUGUUGCCAACUGAGUCUCAACAGCAGCUUCAAUUCAGAACCCACAGAGACUCCGCUGAUGAAUACAUUGUGAGAGUGGCUAGUUCCCCCUCCUCCUCUUCCUCUCUGUAGGCAGAUGAAGACCUCCAGCAGCUGGAAGAUGACUCAUAAGUAGUGGAUUACUUUAUUUUUUUACCCCCUCUGCAAGUGCCGCUUUCCUUUCUUCCUUUCCUUCUGAUAUUGUAUUUUAAGAGAGGAGUCAUGUGGUGUUUGUCAUCAUCAUCAUCAGCAUGCACUCUUAUGUACUCUUUUGCAGACACACGCGCACAGGACUAUUAAAGCAAAUCACACAAAC